AUGAGCGAAUACAAAACCAACUUUGUUAAUCGAGCUUGCGUCUUUAUUAAUUCAGGAAACGAUCCCAUGAUUCAAAAUCAGGUGAUUUAUCAGCAACAACUUAUCAAAAUUCCAUUCCCGCCUGAAAUUAAUUUCCAAGAUUUGGUCAUUUUACAUCCUGAUGGUCAUGUUUCUAAAACUCCUAAUGCUUUUAUGAUCUAUCGAAAAUUGUUUGUUGAAACAGCUCGUGCUGGUGGUUAUAACUUUCCAAUGAAUGUCAUCUCCUCAAUGACAUCUCGAUCAUGGGAACAAGAACCUGAAGAAGUAAAAAAUGAAUAUAAGAGAAUUGCAAAAGAAGCUUUCAAUUAUCGUAAUGAAUUAUUUCCUAAAAUAAAACUUCAGAGCAAGAAAGGCCAAUGGAAAAUUAUUUCAUUUGAUAAACCUUCUACUCGUAAAGUUAAAAAUUCCAAGACUAUGAGAUCUGUUAAUAAAUCUACAAAACAUCAACAAUUUGAACCCACAUCUAAAAUCCAGGUUAUUCCUGAUAAAUCUCCCGAAUUGUUUGAUAAUUAA